UCUAACAACAGUCCUUGUCAUGUUUUCAACGAGUCCGGUGAGACACAAACAGGCAUAAUGCUUGACAACAACAGGUCACAACACAUCUGCGGGCCUUGGGCAAUAAUAUUAAAUUGUACCUUGGUGAUUUUCGAUAUCAUAUUCGUUGCUCAAGGGGUAGUUGGAUUAGUGUACUGCAACGACUGUCCGAGGCAGCCCUUCAUCCCCGUCUAUAUGUGUUUUUUCAUACUCAUACCCAUCUUGUUGGCACUGAGCUCGUGCUACAACUGUUGCAACAUCGUUUUGUGCUCUGUGGCCAUCAUCUUCUAUGUUUGCUGGUUCAUCACAGGUAAUGUGAUGAUCUACUCCAUUUACGAACCGAACUACAAUAAAAAUACAACAAAAGCCGAUCCGUACUGCAACCAGACGCUCUACCUGUUUGCAUUUUGGAGCACCAACCUGACCUACAUCCUGUUAGGUGCGCUCUUCUUGUCCUAUUGCUGUUGUAAGCACCGAGAGGCUGAUGAUGAUAACGACACUCAGAGGCUGCUGCGGGGAUGAAAAGAAAACUAAUAAAUAAAAAAUGAAGCUUUGAACAUAUAUGUUGGAAUUUGGCUUUCAUACGUGUCUUAUAUAUGUUUAGAGCAUUUAAUAACACAGCAACACACUUUUUUCUUUUCAGAGAAAUGUCACAAUUUACAGGUAAAAUACAAAGUUUAGUGGACAGUGUUUAAUCUUUUUAAAUUAUUUUCACAGCAGAUUUCUGUUAUCUAAACAUUUGACUGGAUUUUUUUUAAUAAUAUAUAUAAUGCUAGGCAGAAUAAUGAACAAGCAUAUUU